GGGAGGAGCCGUUCUCCUUCGGCUACGGCGGCACCGGCCGCAAAUCCACGGACGCCAAAUUCCAGAGCUACGGAGAAAGCUUCGGAGAGAGUGACGUCAUCGGCUGCCUGGCGGAUUUCGAGGCGGGUCCCGAGGUGGAGCUGUCGUUCCUCAAGAACGGCCGCUGGCUGGGCGUGGCGUUCCGCGUGCCCAAGGCGGCGCUGGGCGGCCGCGCCCUCUUCCCCCACGUGCUGGUCAAGAACUGCGCCGUGGAGUUCAACUUUGGCCAGCGGCCACAGCCCUUCUGGCCACUGCCCCCCAGCUUCACCCUCAUCCAGCACCUGCCCCUGGCCCACAGGAUGAGGGGCACGCAGGGCCCCAAGAGCAAGGCUGAGUGUGAGAUCCUGAUGAUGGUGGGGCUGCCGGCGGCCGGGAAGACGACGUGGGCGGUGAAACACGCGGCGACCAACGUGUAUGGCUCAGCCCAGCGCAGGAAGAUGAGGCCCUUCGAGGGUUUCCAGCGCCGGGCCAUCGUCAUCUGCCCCACGGACCGCGAGCUGCGGCUGCGCACGGCCAAGCGCACGGACGAGGAGGGCAAGGACGUGCCCGAGCACGCCGUGCUCGAGAUGAAGGCCAACUUCACUCUCCCGGAGUUGGGCGAGUUCCUGGACUCGGUGCAGUUCGUGGAGCUCCA